UUAUUAUUAGCGACUGCCCGAAUUUGGGCGGAACACGUCAAAGCCCUGGCCCUGACUGCAAAUCCAAGGCGACGUCAUCCUUCUACUUUCUUCAACUGCAGUUUUUUGUGGAGGGCAAUUUGCCGGUAGGGGAACCUACUGGGAAGUGGGCUUACUGUCCGUUAAAACGUAGCAUUGCGGGACUUGGUCUCAGAAACCGGAGCAGGCGCGAAGCGGGCGACAAAGUUUGAGACGUUUCCGUUGUCGCUUUUCACCCGUUGAUAACAUUCAUGCUCCAUGCAAACUUCGCAUUGCACGCCAGCACAAUGACAAGUGUGGAUAAACUUAAUCUUGCAGAAAACUUGUCAACCUCAACAACAUCCAUCCCGUUCAAUUUCCAUAUGCCUCCUGUACAGACGACCCAGUCCCCAACUUCCUUUCCCGUCCCCACAAUAACACCCUCACCUAUCCCAAAAGCUUCAAUACCUCCUUCACGCAGCCCAAGCCAACGCAGCAGGGACCUCGACUUGGGUUUGUCUGAUAGCCCAAACUUGCAAGUGCAGUCCAAUACAACCGAACGUCGCAAAUCGACGUCCGCGUCACGUCCCCGGCCGAGUUCAGUCCAUAAUGAUGGGGACACGGCCCGAUUGAUGGACGGUGACAUUGAUGAACUGAACAACGAGCUGGCGAGGCUUAGCUCGGUCAUAGCAGAUCUUCCCGAGCCGCGUGGACCAUCUCAGACCCUGGGAAGAAAAGCGCGAAAGUCGUCGAUGGACAAUACCAAUAGCAAUCCCGGCCCUAAUCCUGAUGCCGAGACUCGUCAAUCUAUGGCAUCGCAUCCAACUAUGCUGUCCAAUGUGGUGCCUGCCUCCCGCUCCCGCCAACCUUCCAUCCGCGCUACCAAUCCUCGUGCUGCAUUUUCGGACGCAACAAUUGAACGCAGACUACAAUCCAUCCCGUCUGAGAUGGUUGACUUGCUUCAGGGGGAAUUGGGACAAGAUCUUGAUGUGCGGGGCUUGAUGACAAAGUUAAGGGAAACAGAAGAGAAUGUAAUAAAUAAGAUUAUUCCACGGAACAGAAUGGUGGACUUGUCGUCUAAAGUGGCAGAUAAGGACAUCCGAAUACGCAAGGAAAACAAGCAGAAAAUUGAAGGAACGGGCGACGAUACAUCCAGAGGACUAUGUGGACUUUCUCAUUUAAAACGGACCUGGCGGAAGUUAAGAAGGCGAGCAAAUUCCAAGGGAGAAUGCUCUCUGGCACCAUCUGUGACACUACAGCCUUCCAGCGUUCACCCUGCGAUUGAUCCCACCCGGCCACUCAAUUAUGCUCCACCAACUAUUCCACCGCCACCUCCUCACCUGGAGGCAACCGACAACAUUCAACUGGCAAUCUACUAUCACGAAUCAGACAACCUAGACCUUUCCGUGUACUACCUCGAACGAUCUGCAUUGGAAGGGCACCCGCUUGGUUUAUACCUGCUGGGCAUGUGUUUGCGCCAUGGAUGGGGUGUCGAGGAAGACAGGAUACGGGCCGUCAGGUGCUUUGUGCGAGGGGCAGAGGCCAGUAUAGUCGGUGUCGCGGAAGUGUGGAAGCGAUGGAAAGACAAGCAAGCGCACCCAACUUCUGGUGCUUCGGGUUCGAGCUCCACCACUGGACAGCACAUGACACCGGGCGAUCUAACAUCUUCCACUGAAAGACCUUCAUCAAAAUCAAAAUCCAGUGCGUGGAACGGAGUGGUACCACCGGCUUCCAAUCUUGCAAACGGGCUGGGAAUAUCACCUUCCUGUGACUCGCUACCCACAUCCAGUAGAAGUCACGGUAUGAUCGCUCCCCCCCGAUCCUCCUCCAUCUUUCCCUCUCUCACCCGCCGUUUAUCAUCAACCUCCCGCACCUCAACUGUUUCACGCCCAAUGUCCACAUGGUCCAUUUUUGCCACAGCGUCUAGAAUCAUAACGAGUUCACCUUCCCCCACUCAAAACUUCACUUCUGGCGAUGUUUUGACAGACUUGAGUAUUACCCGCUCUAUUCUUCCCUUACCAUUAUACGAACUCGGAAUAUGUUUUAGGCAUGGAUGGGGCGUGGCAAAAUCGCUUCCGGCGGCUUUCUACUUCCUUCGAGCGGCGGCUUGUGCAGGUGAUCCUGAUGCAAUGAUUGAGACGGCUUAUUGUUUGCUAAAUGGUGUGGGGGUGAAAAAGGACCGUAAAGAAAGUGCAAAGUGGUUUCGGAGCGCGGUGCAAGAAGGAAAGGAGGUUGUAGGUGAAGGAUGGAUAUGGAAGGAAAAGUGGAUGUAGGGGAGUUAUGGCGUGUAUGUUCCUUUGUGGGGCUUUCAUUCAUAUUGUAAAUAUCACA